AUGUCGGGCGAGCACAGCUUCAUGGCUGCACCGGCGCCGUCGGCCUCGCAGGCACCCCAAGGCAAUCCCGUACCCGAUCGUGGAGACAGCAACAAUGAGAUCGACAGGUCCCCCGCCCCCGUGGACGAGAAUCCUGAUGGCCCACCGCGAGACAAGACGACGGUAUACCACUCAGCGGAUGGCACUCCGACGACGGCCAUCAACAAUGCCUAUGCCGCGCAGCAGAAUUCGCACAACGGCAUGUAUGUGCAGUUCAUGAAGCCAAAGUUUGCCAGAGCACCCAUCAAGGAGGCCGGACGUGUGGCGUAUCUGGGGGAGUCCUCGAACCUGUCCCUUCUGGUCCACGACCGCUACGGUACGACCGACGUCGUGCACUAUCCCCUCCCGGAGAACGUGCGAGGCGCGAAAGCCCGGGUGAACGAGCUGGACAACAUGGAGAUCGACAUUCUGCACCAGCGCGGGGCAUUUCUCCUCCCUCCACGGGCGUUAUGCGACGAACUCGUCGAAGCCUUCUUCAAAUGGGUGGCUCCGGUGGUUCCUGUCAUCAAUCGCAGCCGCUUUAUGCGACAGUAUCGUGACCCGAAGAAUCCACCCUCACUCCUACUUCUCCAAGCAAUUCUAUUGGCCGGCUCCCGCGUGUGUACGAAUCCCCAGUUGAUGGACCCAAGUGGUUCUACGACACCUGCAGCCAUGACAUUCUACAAGCGAGCAAAGGCUUUGUACGACGCGAAUUACGAGGAUGACCGAGUCACCAUUGUCCAGUCUGUCAUUCUCAUGGGGUGGUACUGGGAAGGCCCAGAAGAUGUUACCAAAAACGUAUUCUACUGGAGCAGGGUAGGCAUAGUGGUUGCCCAGGGAUCCGGCAUGCACCGAAGUGUCGAAGGAUCUCAACUCAGCAGGUCGGACAAACGACUAUGGAAGAGGAUCUGGUGGACGCUAUUUUCCAGAGACCGAUCAGUCGCAGUUGCGCUCGGCAGACCGGUGGCCAUAAAUCCAGAGGAUUCCGACGUCGAGAUGAUUUCCGAAGACGACUUCGUUGAGGACGAGCCCGACCGACCUGCGGAGUACCCGCCAGAACCCGUUCACGUCCACUUCUUCAUCAACUAUGUCAAGCUUUGCGAGAUUAUGGGCCUGGUUCUAUCGCAACAAUAUUCUGUUGCUUCCAAGUAUCGACGAACCAACGCUAUCGAUCUUACACACAGUGACAUGGCCUUGGCGGACUGGUUGCAACACUGCCCUGCCGACGUAUUGUGGGAUAGGUCCAAUCAUCACUUCUGGGCCGCUUUACUUCAUUCUAAUUACUAUACGACGUUAUGUUUGCUUCAUCGUGCCCAUAUGCCGCCCGCCGGCUCACCCAAGACGAAUCCAAAUGCAUUCUCUUCAGAGGAAACGGCAUAUCCGUCUCGGAACAUUGCUUACCAAGCGGCGGCUAUGAUCACUUCAAUAAUUGAAAAUUUACGCGCGCACGAUGAAUUACGAUAUACGCCGGCGUUUAUCGUGUACAGUCUUUUCUCAGCCCUCAUCAUGCACGUGUACCAGAUGCGGUCGUCCAAUAAGUCAAUCGUCUCAGCAACUGAGCAGCGUCUUCAGACCUGCAUGGAUGCCUUGAAAGAAGUGUCGAAGGUGUGGCUAGUUGCGAAGAUGGUCCACACUCUUUUUGAGUCUAUUCUAGGAAACAAACAUCUGGAAGAGAGGCUCCAGAAGGCUGCUGGCAAACGACAUCAGAAGAACAAGCAAUCAGUGGCUCAUCCGCCUCCGAAACCAACACAAGACGCAGCCGCCAAGCGAAAGUUUGACGACAUGGACCUUGGCUUCUCCAAUGGACCACCAGCCGCUCAAGUGUCAUACGAGCGCUCCAGACCGCAGACGCCAGCCGUCACGCCGUCCAGAGAUAUACAGCAACAAUCGAUGCCGAAUAUGACUGCCACCUCUCCACACAUGCCUCGACAAAACAGUGAUGCUUUUAUGGGUCCUUCAAGAUCUGGAACACGUCCAACGACUCCUUUCAACCCGUCAUACUCGUUUCCGGGUACCCCUCCGGAGCUCUUUCUAGUCACGCGGAAUUCACCCAACAUCUCUCAGGAGCUUUGGCAAAAUUUCCAGCCCGAUCAGCUGUUUCCCGCUGACACCCACGUCAAUUUCCCCGUCAUAUCUCCCAUUCAGAACGGUCUCGUAGACCCAGCUCUGUCGCGACCUCAGCAAACGAUGCCGAUGCAUCCGCACAACGCAAACAUGCAAUCUAGCGCCUCACAGCACAUGCAAACACCCCAUAGUGCCACGAUACCCGGCUUCGACCAGACGGACCCCAAUGGCUGGUCGUCCCACAUUGACAUGAUGGCGCAGCAUCAGCAGGGAGCAGGUGGCGACGACACCUGGAGCAACAGCAGCAAUGGGCGAAAUCCCAUCGUGCCCACGACGCUGAAUGUUGAGGACUGGUACGUGUUUCUUCAGCAGUCGAAUUCCGCCGACCCGUCCCUCAUGAACAUGUACAACCAUCCGCAACCCGCGUACAACGGUACAUAAGAGAAUAACGAGAACACGCACUGACGGUUUUGGCGUUUUCUGUACGAAUAGGUUCAACUUUUUCGGGAUCAAUGGUGAGAAUCACUUGAACGGCUUCUAAACGGCGAUCGCGGAUAACAAAAUACUGCUUUGAAUGGGCUUCGAAUGGGAUGGGAUAGAGAACGAACGGAGGAUACCAGGAAUCACGGGAUGUGAUCGGAAAUCUAAAGGAUGCCCCGUCUGGGAUUUUUCGGCCAUUACACAGUGAUGGACGGCGUAUUGUGGCAAGUCGAGGGUUCUUGCUGGGGAGGGAUAUGAGCUUCUUGAGGGUUUCUGUUUGAUUUACUUGUUAAGCAGUGCUUGCUAGCGGAGAUGGCUUGAGGAUUGUCGUGUGCUGGAGGAUCUGUCUUCCGAAGCUACAAGGU